AUGGGUAGUAGGGUAUUGGUGACCACUCGACAGGAGGAGGUUGUUGGUUUGAUGAAAGCAACAGCCCAAAUGAUCCGUAUGAAAGAGUUGGAUGGAUCGUUUUGCCUGUCAUUGUUCUACCACAGUGCAGCCAUGGACGAGGGUAGUGUGUCUAAAGAAUUUUCUAACAUUGGGUUAGAGAUUGUGAAAAAGUGCAAGGGGUUGCCUCUUGCUGCAAAGUCUUUAGGAAGCCUGAUGCAAAAUAAGAAAACAGUUCAUGAAUGGCGAGCUAUCUUAGAUAGUAAAAUAUGGGAGUUGAAAGAAAUUGAUACACUUGAGGUAUCUUGA